UUUACUUAUCCCUGUAUAAUAUGAUUAACGUUAAAGAUAGAGUUUGAAGAACUAUUAUGGGUGAAAACAUUUCUUGGAGAAAUCAGACAUUUUUGUGAGCAUUUUCAAUUAGUCAACGCCUGAUUUUCAGAACCUGAGGAUCGAAUUAUCUUAACUUUCAGAUUGCCUUUAUUCGAAAUUAUUACUCAAACGAAAUACAUAAUAAAAGUGCAUAUAUACUCUUUUGUUGUUAAAGAUAUUUACCACAAGUUUUGAGUGAAAUGGCCAGUAUGAAUGUCUCUGAACUGCUGUAUGUAUGUUGGACGGAGGAGAGUUCAACAGUGUUCAGGGUCACCUUUGAUGAGGAUAUGUUGUCAAGGAUCUUUCAGCAAGCAGUGGUUCUUUAUUCACCAGAUGAACCAAAACGCCCGACAAGAUUAUCUUUGGAGUCCAAAGAUAUCAAAGAAAUAUUGGUAGAUUAUAGAGAAAAGAAUUGUGAAUUUCUGUGCGAAAUAUCCUCCAUGAAGGGUACAAAAUUAGGCUGUUCAUAUGUCAUUGACGAAUCCCCAUACAUAUAUCCUGUUUGUAAUUUAGAUACAAAAGAUGACAGUGAGGACUUCGAUGACAUAUCAAACAGUGUAAAAUCCUGUAUAAUGGAUGCUUUUCAAGUGUGUAGAAAAAAGGCUACAGAGGUUUUAGUUUGGAUAUUAGCAGACACUAAUCGAAUAUUCAGUAAAGGAAUUCCUUAUUCUCUUCCUGUUGCCUAUGCCAUGAAGGGAUAUAGUCUUGGUACCCAAGUAAUGAGAGAUAUGCACGAGCAUGUAUUACAAGCUUGUCAUGAGAAAAAAUUACAAGUCAUAGCAAGCUGCUUUGAUGGGCAAUGGGCCAAAUUAAGAACGCGAGACAAAAAAGGAAAACCUUUAACAUUAAUGCAAUUACAGCGUGAUGUCUAUGAGGAGGCAACAAAAAUGACACGGGAUGCAAUAGUUAAAGCUGACAUGAACUCUUAA